CUUUACUUGAUUGCUUGGUGAAGAAUAUGAUUUAUGAAAGAUUAAGCCAGGUUACCAGUUCAAUCCAGGAAUAGUGCUGAUGCCUGAUAAAUUACUCAAAGCAUGGUCUUAGUCUAAGUACACUGUUAAAGUGCACAUAAAUUCUUUUCAACUGAAUUGUCUUGUUCUAGGUGAGACAGGUAUAUGAAGAUGCUACAUUUAACUUUGAUCCAUGUCCUGAAUACUUGAACUCAGAUAGGCAAGGCAGGAUUUGUAGAAAGGAGUAGCAGUAUUAGACCAGCUGCUGUAACUGUAUCCAAAAUUGUUUUGUCCCUGUUUCCUGUUUAGUCUUAAAUCAUCAUGGCAGCAAUAGCAGCUUUCCUAGCAGUCUCAAAGACGCAUAUGGAGUUUGUGUGCUUCAGCUGGCUGAAAUUAAUUUGGUGUUCCCGUAGAAAUGCAGAACAGUGUCUCUUGCUUGUAUAUUAGAAGUUUCCCUCAGAGUUAAUUCUCACAAGUCUUUUCCUUUGGCUGGAGUCUUUUAUCUUUUACUCUUGAUAAUUACAAACCUGCUUUAUAUUUUCAUAUCUAGAACUUAAUUUAGGGCAUGAGUCUUCCUAAGAAAGAGGGAACUUACAGUUCUGUUUCUUUGAUUAAUUCGACCACAUUAAAUUUUUUAUGUGGUUUCUCAACUUUGAGAUAUGAAGUUUAGAAAUGAUUGUAUCUUUGGAGGGAACGGUUGGCUUUUGUUUCAAUUCAAUAGCAUAAGAACUCUUAAAUAUUUUGGUUAUUAGCACUGUGAGUUAUUUGUGCCAUCUUAACUGAAAGCGAGUGAAGGAUGCAUAUGCCUCUCCCCAAGAUUUGCUGUGUUUUACUGCUUCAGAGGCACAUAGGAGAGCUUCUUCAGAGAACUUUUGAGCCACUGGUAAUUUGAAAAUUCAAGUUGGCAUGUCUAUGGUCUUUUGCAACGUUCUGAUAAGAAAUACGAUGAAGCCAUCAAGUGUUACCGGAAUGCACUCAAACUAGAUAAGGAUAAUCUACAGAUCUUGAGAGAUCUCUCUUUGUUGCAGAUUCAGAUGAGAGAUUUAGAAGGAUAUAGAGAGACAAGAUACCAGCUACUUCAGCUGCGCCCCACACAACGGGCUUCCUGGAUCGGAUAUGCCAUUGCAUACCACUUACUAAAAGAUUAUGAUAUGGCCUUAAAACUACUUGAAGAGUUUAGGAAAACCCAACAGAUUCCUCCUAACAAAAUAGAUUAUGAAUAUAGUGAACUGAUUUUAUAUCAAAAUCAAGUGAUGAGAGAGGCAGAUCUAUUUCAGGAAUCUUUAGAACAUAUAGAGACAUAUGAAAAGCAAAUAUGUGAUAAAUUAAUAGUAGAAGAAAUCAAAGGAGAGAUGUUACUGAAGUUGGGAAGACUGAAAGAAGCUGGUGAAGUAUACAAAGAGUUAAUUGAGCGCAAUGCAGAAAACUGGCAUUAUUAUGAAGGCUUGGAAAAGGCCCUACAACCUAGCACUUUAGAAGAGAGGCUUCAGAUUUAUGAAGAAGUUAGUAAAAGACAUCCCAGAGCAGUUUCACCUAGAAGAUUACCUUUAAACUUUGUUUCAGGUGAAAAAUUUAGAGAACUAAUGGAUAAGUUCCUGAGGGUUAACUUCAGUAAAGGCUGCCCACCCUUGUUUACCACUUUGAAAUCUUUAUAUUACAAUCCAGAAAAGGUUUCUACAAUCCAAGAACUUGUUACUGGUUAUGAAGCCUCUUUGAAAACUUGUGACCUUUUUAGUACAUGUGAAAAUGGAGAGAAAGAGCCCCCAACGACACUGCUUUGGGUUCGAUAUUUCCUGGCACAGCACUUUGACAAACUUGGCCAGUGUUCUUUGGCCUUGGAUUACAUUAAUGCUGCAAUUGCAAGCACUCCAACAUUAAUAGAACUAUUCUAUUUAAAAGCAAAAAUUUACAAGCAUGUAGGUAACCUCAAGGAAGCUGCCAAAUGGAUGGAUGAAGCACAGUCUUUGGAUACUGCAGACAGAUUUAUCAAUUCUAAAUGUGCUAAAUACAUGCUGCGAGCAAAUAUGGUGAAGGAUGCAGAGGAGAUGUGCUCUAAAUUCACGAGGGAAGGAACUUCUGCUAUGGAAAACCUAAAUGAGAUGCAGUGUAUGUGGUUCCAGACUGAAUGUGCUGCAGCUUAUCAAAGGCUAGGGAAGUAUGGUGAUGCCUUGAAAAAGUGCCAUGAAGUAGAAAGGCAUUUUUUUGAGAUAACGGAUGACCAAUUUGACUUCCACACGUACUGCAUGAGAAAGAUGACUCUUCGUGCCUAUGUAGAUCUUUUGAGGUUAGAGGAUGUGCUCAGGAAACAUGCCUUCUACUUCAAGGCUGCUCGAUCAGCAAUUGAAAUCUACUUGAAGCUCCAUGAUAAUCCUCUUACCAAUGAAAGCAAAGAACAAGAAGUGAAUUCAGAAAAUCUCUCAGCCAAAGAACUGAAGAAAAUGCUUAGCAAGCAAAGGAGAGCACAGAAGAAAGCAAAACUUGAAGAGGAAAGAAAACAUGCAGAAAGAGAGCGACAACAAAAGAAUCAAAAGAAGAAGCGAGAUGAAGAGGAGGAGGAAACUAGUGGACCCAGGGAAGAGCUAGUUCCUGAAAAACUGGAAAGGGUAGAAAAUCCAUUAGAAGAAGCCAUUAAGUUCCUUAUACCACUUAAGAAUCUUAUUGGAGAUGACAUAGAAACACAUUUAUUAGCAUUUGAAAUAUACUUUAGAAAAGGAAAGUUUCUGUUAAUGUUACAGUCUGUCAAAAGAGCUUUUGCUAUCAACAGUAAUAACCCAUGGCUACAUGAGUGCUUGAUUAAAUUCUCUAAAGCUGGUAUGUGCGUAGGAAUAUCUGACCACAGUAACCUCCCAGAAAUUGUGAGCAAGGUCCUAACUGAAGAAAUGCAGAAAAUCUUUGUUAAUAAAAACUUGGAAAGUUUUAAUGAAGAAUUUCUCAAACACAAUGCUACCUCCAUUCAGCACCAACUGUCAGGUGCAAAGAUGAUGUAUUUCCUGGACAAAUCAAGACAAGAAAAAGCAAUUGCUGUUGCUACUAGAUUGGAUAAAAACAUGAGAGACAAAAAUGUGAAGACAUUAACAAAGGUUUUUGAGGCACUGCUUGAUGGUAGUUUUGGAAGCUGCCACACUCAGUGUGAAGAAUAUCAAGCAGCAUGUCAUAAACUGUUUCCUUUUACGUCUGCCUUUAUGCCUGCCACAAACGAGGAUGAUAGCAGCAUUGCAUCUGUGAAUCAUACAGCCAUUAACCAUGAUUUGCUGUCUAAUGAAAUUUGAAGUAGUGUGUGCAAGCCCGUGUGUGUGUGUACCUACAUGCACACACGUAUACAAAACUCUGACUCUCAUUACAUGCUGGCUGGAUACAGAUCAGGGUUGCUCUUCCGGGUUGUAUUUUAAUAUCUUUAACAGGUAAAAAAACAAAAUAUUUGGAUAGUUAUAUGAAAUGGAGUAUGCUAUUAGUUUUUUUCUCCCAACAAAAACUGCCAAUAUUUAUGUAAACAUUACCCUUAAUCAGCAUUUUUCAUGUUUAUACUUGUACAGUUUUAAGUCUUUUAAUAAUCCAUCAGCCCUCCCUCACAAAAAAUAUGGAUAUUAAAGACUGCUUUCACGUAAGUGUUGUUACAGAUAAAUGUGAUCUUAUCUUGUUAAUAAAUUAUCAUUUGAGCUUUUUUAGCAGAUUAAGACUGAAGUGCUGCUUGAAUUACCCUCUUCGUCUUCUACUGUUCUUUAGGUUUUUUUCUGGGUUUGUUGUUUUUUUGUUUUGGGGGGUUUUUUUGUUUGUUUUUUUUGUUGUUGUUUUUUUUUUAAUUUUAUUUUUAUCUUUGGUCAGUUUGGUUUCCUUUGAAGCACAAUGGCAAUGAAAGCAUUGGGGGUUUGCAUGUUUUUGUCAGGUGUGUGUCUUACAUGGAACCAGUGUUGAUGGAUAUGAAGAUUAAGUUUGUGUAAAAAAAAAAACAAAACAAAC